AUGUUCAUCCCUCUCCUUACCGUGGUUUUAUCCAUCUCAGUCAUCACUGAAACCGCGCCUCCUUCGCCAGAGUAUUCCCCGUCAUGGGACUACCUGAAGCAACAUGCAGUCGGUGCGGUUCACGCUUGGAUGCAAAAACUUCCACGAAAGCCAAGAACCGACAUUUCAACUCUACAGGUAAGGACACUGUUAUUACUGACCCGCCAACUGAGACAGGUCUCGCUCGAGGAACUCUGGAAAGAAAGUGGCUCGCUCGUGCGCUCUGCAAUGGUGAUGGGGCUUCAUGUCAACUUAUCACAAUCCAAGAGCCUGUCGCCUUUCCAGGCCGAGUGUCGACGUCGGUUGUGGGUUUCAAUUGUCGAACUGGACCUGCAGACAGCUAUUGCUGCGGGGAUGCCUGUCAUGACACCGGCACUUGACUUGUCCCCUCUCACACCUUCCAACCUCAACGAUGUUGACUUUGAUGAGUCAACCACUGAACUCCCUCCAUCAAGGCCCGUGGAUGAAGAAACCGACUCUUUAGCGCAAAUCACUCUAGCUCAAUCUCUCGCACUCCGUAUAAGGACCAUGAACUUGGUUCAGCAUACGAAUCCCGAGGAAAGCAUAGAAGAAUGCCUUAAAAACGGCCAACAGAUCGAAGAGUCUUUACAAAUGAUUCCGCCUCCUCUAAAAUUAUACGAUUCUGACAACAGUGAUCCCGCCUUUGUUUUGAAUCGCGUGAUUCUGGAUGUUCAAAUCCGCCGUCCACUUCUUUCGCUUUACAGACCUGUUCUUGCCAAUCUACCACCUGAUGACCCUUCUUUUCUUGAAAUCCAACGUGCUCUCCUUGAUUCAUCCAUCGCAAUUCUUGCAUAUCAAGACAUUUUCGAUCCAAACAUUUUCGAUCUUGACAUCCCCAAUAUCAACUCAUACUGGAACAUCUUCCAUAUCUUCUGCCAGAAUGAUAUCAUUUUAGCCGCUCUCACUGUUUGUGAAUAUCUGAAGUUCGUUAAUCAACAAUCAUCCAUCCACUCUUCCUUCAAUGAAUUCAAUCAACAAAAUCAAAACAACACCAUCAACCCACACCUUACCAACCACGCCCUGUCACAUAACAAAGCAAGUUUGACUCGUUUGGUUGAGAACACAAUCGACAGUUUAACUCGUCGUAUUGGUAAAAAGGGCACCAACAUGAAAGACAUUCUUCUUUUAUCAGUCGUCCUUCAAUCCGUCCGCGCUCGUGGCCCCACAGAACAGAAAGACCGCCGCAUGUCUCACGGAGCAAAGAAAGCCUUGUCCGCGUGUCGACAGAACCUUCUAUCUGCGGCGAAUGAAAACAUCUUCGCUUCCCAUUUCAAUAACUCAAACCCGCUAUCAAACUACGAGGUAUAUCUAACUCCAGGAUGA